AUGGGGGACGAAGAGAAUGCCGUUGUUAAAUUUGUAGAAGGAAAACGUUUUGGCGAGUGGGUUAUCGCCAAGAAGCUGGAUGAAGGUGGUUUUGGCCAUGUUUAUAAGGUUCCUGUUCAGGUAGAAAGCAUUAAACGACCGGGCGAGGUGGCAGCACUGAAAGCGGAGCCUAACAGUGUUGAAGGAGGGUCAGCUAUAAAACUCGAGAUAGCUAUUCUUCGAGCAAUAAAUGAAAAUGGCGAGAAACCACACAUACCAAAAGUCUUUCAUGCUGCCAAGCAUAGAAAGUACUGUUAUAUGGUGAUGACAUUACUCGGAGAAAACUUGAAGUCUCUUAAGCUCAAUUGCCCGAAAGAAUUGAUGUCUCCUAACACGUGGAGUCGGAUUGGUGUGCAGUGCUUAUACAGCGUUAAAUUAGUACAUGAUUAUGGCUAUGUUCAUCGUGAUAUAAAGCCGAAUAAUUUCGUGAUGGGAUAUCACCAAGACUUCGAGAGGGCUCGAAUUGUUCACAUUCUCGAUUUCGGACUCGCCAGAUCCUAUGCCACCUUUGUAAGCUUCAGGGACGACCUGUGGUCUCUGUACUACGUGCUGAUCGAGCUGCACUGCGGUCUACCGUGGCAAACGGCCCGCGACAAAGCCAAGGUGGAAACAAUGAAAAUGAAUAUCUCCGAUAAACAUCUGGUUCAGAAUUUUCCACCUGAACUGCGCGACAUAGUUCCAUAUUUAAGAACUCUCGACUGUUACCAGCGUCCAAAUUACAGGUUCCUUAUAAGUGCUAAUAUGUUUUAUGAUGGAUUAGUAGCUUUAAUGAAAAGACUCGGAACAAAGCCCUCUGAUCCUUAUGACUGGGAAACGAAAGAACAAGUUGAAAUUGUGCUGAAGAACACUAAGCCAGCCCCAUGGGAAAAUGCAGAGCAGUUCUUCAAAUCGGAUCCGGUCAAUAUUCACGCACCUCCUUUACAAAACGUUGAAGUAAGUGAAACCACCUGA